AUCCUGUUCCCAGCUCCCAGUGCGGCGGGCUCCUUGGAAAUAGAGGAAUGCAAAUCUGCAACCAUGAUGGAAGGAUUGAAAAAACGUACAAGGAAGGCCCUCGGGUUACGGAAGAAAGAGAAAGACAAUGACUCUGCGGGGUCUCCAGACAGAGAUGGUGGUGAACCACAAGUGGUUGAGUCGUCUCAGAAGAGGACGAAUGGGGCUCCUAAUGGCUUCUAUGGAGACAUYGACUGGGACCGAUAUAACUCCCCUGAGGUGGACGAUGAGGGCUACAGCAUCMGACCUGAUGAAGAGGAUGAGCCAGGAGAUAUCCUCAGAACAGUUCCAAAUACCCACUUCUUCUCCUCUGAUGAGUCAGAGGAGGAGGAGGACCACAGGAAGAGGUUCAAAAUCAAGAUUAAGCCGCUGCCGGCUGAUUGUGUUAUAGCGGAACCAUCAGUUGAUGAGCUUAAAGCCUCCAUAGGCAACAUAGCUCUGUCCCCGUCUCCUAUGAGAAGUCCGAGACGUAGCCCGGGCUUAAAAAGAAACACGUCUAGUGAAGAAAUUGCCAGACCGAGGCGUGCCGUUCCUACCGUGCUCCCUGUGGCCCCUGCACCAGCUCCAGCACCACAACCACCCAGCAAUCAACAAACAGCAGUCCUCGAGGACACCACAGCCUUAUUCGGGCCUCCUCUGGAAUCAGCUUUUGGAGAAAAGAAAGCUGAAGUGGUUCUUUCUGAGUCCGACGUCUGGGGCGCUUCUCUCUCAGAGCCUGAAUCAUCUUUGAUGAGGUCCUUCCCCACAGGAACUCCUCCUCCACUUCCACCCAAGAAUGUCCCAAUUUCUCCCCCAAAGACUAGGACCCCCUCUGCAGAUGAUGCUGAAGCAGAUGCACCGAGCAGGAAACCCUCCUUAGCGGACUUGGACAACAUUUUUGGACCUGAGCAGGCUCCUCCUGCUGGCGAGGAAACAAGUGACAAGUGGGUCUGCUUCAACGAACUCUCUCCUGACGGGGGGCCACCUCUACCAAAGGACCCCGCGCCCCCGCUGCCCUCCUCACCACCUCCACCAGAAGAACCAGCACCUCCUCCGCCGCCAGCCUCCCCGCCUCCACCUGAAUCCCCCGCUCCUCCUCUACCUCCAUCACCACCUCCUCCAGAAGAGCCCGCUCCACCUCUCCCCGAAUCCCCUCCUCCAAAAGAAGACCCUUCUCCUCCCCCUCUUCCAACCUCCCCACCUCCUUCAGAGGAUCCUGCUGCUCCUCCUGUCCRUUCAGGUCCUCCCACACCUGAAAACCAAAACCUACCCAUCACCUCACCACCUCCUACAUCAGCAGAGUGCAAGUCGCCUCUGGCUUCCUCUCCUCCUCCACUUACCUCRCUUCCUGCCGUUCCACCUGUACCCGCCUCCAAAGAUGGCACCUCCGAGGUGGUGACCCCUCCCUCUGAACAGCCUGCAGCGCCCUCGGCCCCUCCACCCCUCAUCCUCUCUCACGAGGAACACUUCAAGAACACAAACGCCUCACAUCCCAAAGAGGACGGCGCUGAAACUGUCACUUCACCCAAAGAUGCCAGCCAGGGAAGCCGGAGUACUCCUCCCCCACCUCCUCCCCCAACGUACCGCGCAGUGGUUUCCUCACCAGGUCCCACAUCAGGGACAAGCAGCGAAUCGACCGUUCAGCCCGCCGAUCCACUCGGCGAGCCCUCCCCCCAGUGCGCCGCUGGCUCGGGCCGAGAGCACCUCCUCAAUCUCUUCUACCAACUCUCUGAGCGCCGCCACCACGCCCACCGUCGGCAAGGAGCUGUGYGUGUCGGUGUCAGAAGAUGAUGCUUAUGUAGACAAACUGCCCACCUUUGAGAGACACUGUGAUUCGUUUGCAGAGAAUGACCAGCCAUCCCUUGUUUGGUUUGACAGAGGGAAGUUUUAUUUAACCUUUGAAGGUGUGUUGUUAAAGUCAUUGGUGAGAUGGUUUUAUCGUUUCCGGCGGGAAUCACGCGGCACUUUGCCAAUAACCCAUCCCCCGCCGUGCUAACUUUCAGCAUAACCAACUACAGCCGACUGGAGCACGUGCUGCCUAACCCCCAGCUGCUCUGCUGCGACACCAACACUGAGGCCAAGGCUGAYUCCAAGGACUUCUGGGUGAACAUGCCAAACCUGAUAUCCCAUCUAAAGAAGGUGGCAGAGCAGAAGCCACAAGCGACAUACUACAACGUGGACAUGCUCAAGUACCAGGUAUCGACGCAGGGCCUCCAGUCGACUCCACUGAACCUGGCGGUGAGCUGGAGGUGCGAGCCCACCAGCACUGAUCUGAGGAUAGACUACAAAUACAACGGGGAGGCCAUGUCGACGCCGAUGGCCCUCAACAACGUCCAGUUCCUCGUCCCUGUAGAUGGAGGUGUUUCAAAACUACAGGCUGUCUUACCUCCUGCUGCAUGGAAUGCAGAGCAGCAAAAAAUCCUUUGGAAGAUCCCUGAUAUCUCCCAGAAAUCUGAAAACGGAGGUGUGGGGUCCUUGUUAGCACGCUUCCAGCUAACGGAGGGUCCCAGUAAASCGGCUCCACUGGCGGUGCAGUUCACCAGUGAGGGCAGCAACCUGUCGGGCUGUGACAUUGAACUGGCUGGACCAGGAUACCGCUUCUCUCUUGUUAAGAAGAGGUUUGCUGCAGGAAAAUACUUGGCUGACAACUGACCCAUUCCACYGAUCAAAACGACUGUCAGGACCAGAGGACAGACCCGCGCCAGACUCUCCUUCAAACUUUCACGAACCAACAYGACAGGUCCUGCCCAGCAGUAUUGUAUAACUUGCAUAUAACAUUGUGGAGCUGUUUCGGGUCAUGUAAUUAUAGUAUUUGUAUCUCAUCUCAUAACAUAUGUGUUGCUGCAGUUAGACGCCUGGGUUCUUCCUUGUUCGACAGUCCGUGCCUGUCUUUAACCUCCUCUGGUCGAAGUGUUGGUGGUGUUUUUAAAAGCUUUCACUACAGCUGCCUAACAGAAGACAGGAGACGUGGGAGUACUGGGCAGAUUUUAAUGUUGUACAUCUCAACCUUUGAGAUGAGAUGUUAGAAAAAGUGGAGUUGAAUCAGGGCUGGAUGUUUAGUUCCAAGCCUGUGAUGGCCUUACCUGGUAUAAGGUUUUAUUUGGCGCUUUUWGACUAAACAGAAUCAAUUAGUCACAAAAAAAAAAAUAGUUUUCCAAACAUUGUUCACUGGUACUACAGGGUCRUAUGACUUUGAUUAGCCUUAUUUUUAA